AUGAGCACAAGGAAGAGAUGCCCCCUGCCACUGGGGCAAGGAGACCAAGAGGAAAAGCAAAGUGAGGGUACUUCUGACAUGGAGCCACAGGAAUGCGAGGUGGAGCUGAUGAACAAAGCUAUUCUUCAACAGAAGAGGCGACUGAAACAAGCAACCCAGUUUGUGCAUAAGGACUCUGCUGACCUGCUGCCCCUUGACAGUUUGACAAGGCUGGGAACCUCCAAGGAUCUGCAGCCACAUAGUGUGGUCCAGCGGCGCCUCUUAGAAGGCAACCUGAACAAACUGCGGGGUGAGACCACAGGCCAGUCUGCACGGGUUCAGUCUCCAUUGGCAAAAGACCAGGAUGAAAGGAUGGAAAGGGAAGACGACAGGAGAAAAGAGAUUUCACCUCUGCUAAUACAGUGCCAGUGCCAAGGUCAAGAAUUGAAAGCAAUUGUUAACACUGGAUGUCUACCAAAUCUCAUCUCCAGGAGCUGUUUAAAGCAGCUGGGGCUGGAAGAAGUAUUUGUCAUGGACUGUGGAGACUUCUCUCUUCCCAUCCCCAGCGUUGUUGGCCGAGUAGAACAUGUGGAGAUGCAAUUUGGCCAGGAGACAGUGCUGUGUUCAGCACUGGUUGUAGAUGAUGAAACACUGGAGUUUUGCCUUGGUCUACAGACUCUGUUGUCUCUCAAGUGUUGCAUCGACUUGGAGGAAGGAAUCCUGAGGUUUAAAGCAUUGAGUCAAGAGCUGCCUUUUCUACAUGCCUCUGAAGAGCCUGGUCAGUGA